GCAUCCGGUUAUGCACGUACAUGUACGUACGUAUACAUGCGACCUCGAAACCCAAACUCAUGUUCCUUGCGUCUAAAUAUUGGUGUGUUUUCCUGAACGUGUUGAAGAACUCGUCAGGAUCUGCAAAAAUGUUGACUCUUUCUAGCUUGAUCUUCGACGCCACCGGUUUUGCACAGCGUCUGGCUUGCAAAAGUGCCUCUUCACAUGGCCCUGGUUUAGGAUCCGAGGCUGAGCAGUUUAACGUUGUGACCACCCUGACUGACAGUGGUGAUGUCCUGGAGAUGGUAAAAUCAGUCAUCCCACCCCUACAGCGCAGCAAACACAAAGGCCAAGAUGGCCGCCUAGCAACCAUUGGGGGAUGCAAGGAGUACACAGGAGCACCGUUUUUUGCAGCCAUGGCGGCACUGAAAACUGGCUGCGAUCUCUCACAUGUGUUCUGCGCGCAGGAAGCCGCACCAGUUAUCAAGUCUUACUCACCAGAACUUAUUGUACAUCCAGUGUUAGAUUGUGAUGAUGCUGUAGAGCAAACGUGUGCCUGGCUGCCUCGCAUGCAUACCGUCAUCAUAGGGCCAGGGUUGGGCCGCAACGAAACACUCUUAAAAAAUGUGCUGGCUGUUAUUGACAGAGCCAAAGAUUUGAACAUUCCAAUGGUGAUAGAUGCAGAUGCUGUGUCAGAAUUGUCCGAACACCCAGAGGCCAUUCAGAACUACACCAAGGCGAUUCUCACCCCAAAUGUUGUAGAAUUUAACCGCCUCUACAGAAACGUGGUCGGACAUGAAGCGGAUCCCAGAGAGCCAGUUGGCAACACCAUGAGACUGAGCCAAAAACUGGGCAAUGUGACCGUCGUCAUGAAGGGAGAGAAUGACAUCAUAUCCAAUGGGAUCAAUGUGCUAGUAUGUUGUGGUGAUGGAAGCAGCAGACGGUGUGGUGGACAGGGUGAUAUACUGGCAGGGACAAUGGGUACCUUUACCUUCUGGGCCCACAAGGCACAUGCAGAUCCUGACAAAGAACCCAAUGAGUUUCUGAAGCACUUCCAGCCCACCCUCUGCGCAGCCUACGCCGGCUGCCUGCUGACCAAACGCUGCUCCACGCUGGCCUUCCGGAAGCACAAGAGGAGCACCACGACUUCUGACAUGAUGUCAGAGGUCGGCCAAGCAUUCAGCUUGCUGUUUGACGAAUGACGUAUGCACAGCGGCUGACCCGAGAGACUAGUCUGGCAGCGCGAUCGAGAAUCAUUUCUGCAGUGGUGCUGCAUGGGCCAAGUUUAGGCAUGAACUAUAGUUGGACCAAAGGUCAGUUACGUUUUAGCAGUGCACACAAACCAUACAGCUGAACCAUAUGACCCCAAAUAAACUAUGUUGCAUUAUCUCAACGUCAAUCACAUUUUGCUAUUUGCUGCAACUCUUGCAGCAUUCGUGGUCGAUGACGUCUCACACAGUUGUUUUCAUAGGUUCCCUUUGUACUGAGAAAUGAAAUAGGCCAUUGGUAACCAGCAUUAUGGCCAUACUUCAUGGCCUGGUUCCAACUGAUUGAAGAGAUGGUCGCAACCACCUAUCAUUUGGGCAGCUUUGGUCGAAUUUCAGUUAACUACCAGUUAUAUUCUUCACUGAAACUAGCCUGUGUAUGUUCACGCUCAGUCAGUGCGUAUGCAUUCAAUGCCUCUUCCACAUUUAUGGUAUUUACAAGAAGUUCCAGAACAUGUGCAACAUUCUUGCUUGUUAUGCCACUGCAGUGAUGGUGUCUCCAAGGACUGGUCUAUUGAAUUAAGUGUACAAGAGGUAAAGGGCACUUUUUUCAGUGUCAUAUUUUUUUAGAAACCAUUAAACACUUGUUGGUCCGUAAACAUUUCAAAUGCAUUAUUACAUGGCUGCGAGAAAGUAAACUUGCAAAGUUUAUCAUUGUAUGAAAAGGCCAUAUGUACAUGUAGGAACUCUUGUCCAGGAUGCAUGCAUUUCUGUAGAAGAGACCGUAGAAUAAAGCAUGCAAUUUUUGAAAGUCAAUGUUUGAGAAACACUUGUAAAUGAACUGCCAUAAAUCUAAGUUAAGCAACAGAUUAGUGUCGUGCAUUGCACCUUAUGUUUCCUGGACCUUCUGUAUCAGGAUGAUUUGACCUUCUGCUUUUCUGGCAGAAUCCUCAGUUUAUACCAUUAUAUCAUUAUAAUAUAAUUAUGACACAGUCUAUAGAACUUUAUAUUUGUCUUGUCAAAACUGCCAUUGUCAAGUCUGUGUAUGGUAAGAUUUACAUGUAUUUCAAUGUAGAUUUGUACCCCCCAACAUAUGGAACCCAUGGGUUCACAGUAGUACGGAGCACCACUAAGUUUUUGCCUCAAAGUAGCCACUUCACAGCUUCAUACAUGCACAUGUAGCCCAUCUUGGCAGAUGGUAUCCUACUAUACAUUAUUGCUGCAUUGUAUUAUUUGGAGACUUGCACAUAGCUCAGCACACACAAUUCUCUCGGAGAUAUUGACCGAAUUCCCAUAAUACACUGUAGAACUGUUCUGCUAAGCAUUUCCUUAGCUUUGGGAUAUUCUGGAAAUAUGCUCGGUGGCCAUCUGGAGCCAAUUUAAUGGAGUUGCUUAGCUCAGAAAUGUGCAAAGCACUGAAAAUAUUUACUUAGCAGAAACUGGUUACUAGCUAAAAGUUUGUGUGUUAUGUAUAUUCAUUAUUGUUUGUGAGUAGUUCCCUGCUGAAUAUAGAUUUGUCUGAAUGAUGUUAUCUGCUUUUUAGUGUCUCCAUGAAAUUGGGCUCCGCCUACAUGCAUGGUCUCAUGCCUGCUGGUGAGUGACUGCCUCAAGAACUUUACAGUUUGAUAUACAGUUCUGAUGAGCAGCUCAGCUGGUCAAGUGCCAGUGUUUUGUAAAACUUGAACUCAGUGACAAAUAAACUGAGAUACAAGACUGCACACACAUCAUGACACCUACAUUGUAACAAAGGUUUGUGAGGCUAGGAUCCCAUAUGGCGAGAAAGAGACUGGAUUUUGUAGGGUCCCAAUUUCAGAUAACACCGGCAGGGUAUUCUGUAUUCAAAGGCUUGACUCCUGCCUCUGAGAAGAUCAAUUUGUCAAUCACAAAUACUUUGAAAUGGGAACAAGUCAAUUUUCUGUGAAUUGCAAUUUUUUUGUCCAAACAAAAAUCCUGUCUGUGAAAGUAAACUUCUUGAAAUGGAAUGAUCUGAAUCUGAACUGUAUCACUGAGGAGUCACUUUCCAAAUUGUGUUUUAUGGGAACUUCUUGUACUUCGUCUGGCAAAUACGGAAGUAUUCAGAAUAUUUCAUUGAAGAAUUAAGAUAUAGGUAGUGAGCCAGUCAUUUUAAAUUUCUUCUGUGGCGAUGCUCAUUUGUAUAAAUCCAGGGUCAAAUCAACUUACUUGGCAAUAUUCACUAUUUACUGGUUGCAAAAUAUUUUUGAAGUUUGUGAACAGUAUGUGCAGAUAGGUACAUAUACAUACUGGUACAUUCAGCACAUGCAAGCCUCUGCACUGCCUUUUCCUGUUUCCUCUGUGAAUUCAUUUUUCUUCCUUUUUGUAUUUGUUUUGACAGAUCAAAGAGAUUGUAGUGUGUUUUACGUGUGAAGUCAAUACUGAAGAAAAAGUCCAGAUUGGAAAGAAAAUUGAAAAACGAUUUCUACUGUCAGGACUGUUAUUGAAAUUAUUUAAGAAGCAGAUUGUCAUGCAAAUUAUCAUGACAAGAAAAAGACGUGUCCAUUAAGAUGGUUUUAAUGAACUUAGAUGACUAUCUUUUACAUUAUUCAGAUGAGUGCAUGUUCGUUAUUUUAUUUAAAUGCCUUGAUCUUGUUGCAUGUAAAACGUGUUUACUUAUGGAAUUUGUCUUUAUCCUCACCUGAAUGUAAUAGAGACAAUUCUCUGAAACGGGAGACUGCUUCUUGUACCUUGACCCAAGCGUCUGUGUUUGUUAGGAUAGUGGAAAGGAGUGAUGGUCCCUUUCAAACUUUGACAUGCCAAAAAUGUAUCUGAGCAAUACUGCUCUGUUUUAUAAAGUUAUGACACUGCAUGGAAGGCUACUUGUCUAAAAUUUGAACUCAGUUUACCAUAAAAUGAUCUUUUUACUGUCAUGAGUGAUUUGGAAACUGUUAUAAAUAACUGCACAAUAAAGUUAAUAUAUUCUUUCCAAACUUCCUGAAAA